AUGAAGGAAUCAUUUAGCAUUCCGUUUUACGCAGCAGAAUUGCCCCACCCUCUACCAACCAAUUCCGAAAUCGAAAAUGCUCCAGACAUAUCCUUGGAAUAUGGAGGGCGAAGAGUUGUCGGGGUAGGCCAGCAUUUUGUUGUGAAAUUUGGGCAAGGAGUCGACCUCGCUGAAGGGGAGAACAUGUUGUUUGUCCGGGAAAAUACAAAUAUCUGUGUCCCACGAGUCUUCGCUCUUUACUCGGAUACCAAGACUGGCAAAAGCUUUAUCGUCAUGGAACGCAUCAUCGGUCAAACACUUCUCGCAGCCUGGCCACAACUUACACAAACCGAGAAACAAGAUAUACUGAGCGACCUGCGGAUCCAAUUUAAUGAAAUGCGUCAGCUUCCAUCUCCAAACUACUUUGGAAGUUUCGGCAAAAGAAAGCUUCUGGAUGGAAUAUUUUGGACAGAAGAACCAGACCCGUUAGUGAAUGGACCGUUCGAUUCUGAAGAAAGCCUCAACGAAGCGAUGUUGCGGAAGUACUCCCAUAAUGGAGGCCCACACUACAGAGUGGAAUAUCUUCGAAAAUGCCUUCCUCUCAUUUUCCAAGACCACAAAGCGACUUUCACCCACGGCGAUUUACAAAGAAAGAAUAUCAUUAUUCAGGAGAAGAUUCAGCAAGAUGAUAAAAGAACACGGGCUGUGUUGAUUGAUUGGGAGAAGUCUGGAUGGUACCCAGCGUAUUGGGAAUAUUGUUUGGCUGUUUGUGCUCUAAGAUGGGAUGAUGACUGGCCCAUUUGUAUUGACACCAUUUUGACGCCAUUUGUCUCGGAAGCUGCAUGGCUGCAAUCAUUGCGACUUGAAUUAUGGUCAUAG